AUGGUGAUAAUAACAUGCGAUGAUGACGAUGAUGGCUCUAAUAAUGUGAUUAUCUGUUCGUCCGAGUUUCUGACGGACGAUGUGGGAGACGAACAAGUCCGUGCACUGGCGGCAGCGUUGGCACCGCAGAUUCGUGAAUUGGAAAAUUUGAUGGACGAUCCUCUGUUUCGGUCGUCUCAUGAUGAUGAUAAUGACCAUGAUAAUGAUCAUCCCGUCAAUACGAAAGAGUCUACGCCACAAUCACUGAAACCACGUGAUUCCAAAGUGGUCAUUUCGGACGAUGAUGAAGACGAUGAAGCAGCACAAACUCCCAAGAAACCAAACGCAGCACAACCAGCGGAUGAUACUACUACUAUGAUUAGAGAUGAUGAUGAUGACAGUGAAGCCAUGAUGGAAGGAUUGGAUGACGAUGAUAUGGAUCAGGAAUUGGAACAAUUAGCAUUUGCCGAAGAUAUUUUGAGACGAGAACUCGAUUUGGCCAAGGAAUUUGCGUCUUUCUUUGGUUCUUCUCCCACACCUAGUUUGUUCUCUGCUUCUCCUGAUCCCAGUGGUGCUCUCGCAGGAGGAUUCCGCAAUAUGACUUUGGAUUUCACUACCAGUACUACUGCUACAUCUGCAGGGAUUGCUCCCACCAGUCUAUUUCAUACCGCCGUCAGUGCACCCGAUUUGACCACUGUCAAGUCCAAACCGGUUGUGGUUACCCAAAAAACAGAGGAAUCACAGCUACCCAUGGAUACUACUACUACCAGCAACAACCCACAAGCAAUAGUCAGUCCACCUUCCUCUCUGCAGCAGCCUUCAGCAGCAGCAGCAGCUCCCGUCGUCAUUCAACAAAUGGAAGCCGAUUUGGAUGGAGAUGAAGACGACCGGACAUGCUCGUCGAACAACAAGACGCCAGUACCAAAGAAUUGAAAGAAAACAAUACAUCCUCCAAGUUUGAUCCCAAAUUGACACAACAGGAAACAUUACAUUUUGAUGCCGAAGCCAUGGAACAUAUUAUUAGCAAUCAUCAUCAAUCGAUUGGAAGUAUUAGCCUCGAUACGGUAGGAACGGCGCUGCAGUCCGCCAAGGAUGCCGUGGCAGAAACAAACAACAACAACAGCACGAACCAACAACAACAAACUACAACAACUGUGCCACAAGAACCACCCAAAGAACCAGCGACUACUGUCGACCACCCAAAAAGCAAUCCUGCCGUACCACCUACCAAUCUUCUUCAACAACAACAAGAACAACAAUACUAAGCACAGCAACAGCAACACAAUACAAAUACGCCACACCGCGGAGACGUCGUCAUCAUGAUCUACAGGAACAAACACCCGCCACACCACAAACGUCCAUUGUGCUUUGGAAGGCUCCUCAGUACAAUUAUACUUCCAAUGAUCAUUUCAAAUCACUACUCAUCUGCAAGGAACCACAAGGGGCUUGGUAUUCCGUAGAUCUUACGGCACAUCUCUUGGUACAACAACAACAGCACAGUGGUAGUGUAUCCGAUACCGGUAGUAGCACUACUUCACUGACCGAACACAACAACAACAACAUAUCCCAUCGACGUAGGAAUUGGAAUCAAAGAGUAUUGUCUCAGUAUCACACAGUGGAAACGACUCUUUGUGGGACUCCGGGUAGAAGGAGACGAAGAAAAACAGCAAAUCAGACGGCAACAGAA